AACACAUGUCCUCCUCCUGGAUGAUUUUUCAGGAGGACAAAUUUAUGAAUUAAAACCCUUUUUUCUCUGCUGGGACGAUUAUGGCGGAUCGUUUUGUCUUCAGCUUCCAGAAAAAAGGAGGGAUGAAGAGAAAAACAACUCCCUAAACUUGACAUCUGGCUUUAUUUUUCACAGCUCCAGAGGACAAAAAAAGUGACUUUUCCGGCGCAAAAAAGAUGCAACUGACCUUUGAAUGAAUACAGGAAUAACAAAUGAUGUAAAAAUGAAUAAAAGUGCGGACGGAUCAUAGAAAAGAAAGAGAAAAAAGAAGGUGAAGGAAGAUGACAGGAAGAGAAGAAUAAAGAGCAGCACAAACGACAAGAAGAAGAAAAUAAAGACUUGUGACCAUGAAGCAUCCCCUCACCAUCGCCAUCACCAUCAUCAUCCUCCACUCGGCGGCGGCGGGGAGUGUGACCAAGGUUCAGCUAGAGCGUUGGGUCCGCUCGGGCCUUCAGUCCCUGCAGUGGGAGCAGCUGGAGCGCUGCCUGCGCGUGUCCUCGCGCUCUCCGGCCGAGUGCAGGCGCCUCGCCCACCUGCCGCCCUCCGCCGUGGCCGUCUACGCCUCCGAGCCGCGCCGCGCCGCAGGAGCCUCCGACAAAGUGCUCGCCAUCCUCCCGGACUCGUCCCCCUCCAGCGUGCUGCCGGGCUCCAAGUUUCGGGCUGCUUUGAGCGCGGGUCCAAUGGCAAACGGGAGGGAGAGUCGCCACAGGUACCAGUCGCCUUACCAGUCCUCUGUGGCCCACGAUGCAGUGCUGGUGCUGGACCCCAGCCCAGGAGAGAACUUUGGACACCAGGUGGGCCUCUUCUACGUGGACCUAAAUGUGACCAAGAAGAGAUGCUCCCAUCUGGAUGGUAUUUACUUGGGAGAGGAGUGUUUAACUCACGCUUUGAAAGGUCGCUGUCAGAACCAGCUGAAGCGCCGCCAGGCCAGGCCCGAUAGUCUUGUCAGCCGCCACGGGCGCGGUUGGAUAGUGGGCGGACGUCCACAGGGAAGUAUCAUUAGCAGCUUGUUCAGCGAAAGACUCUGUGAGGUCCAUUUCCUACCGCUGGUAGUCGGAGUCAGAGACAACAACCAGACCCAGAGGCUCAGAUGUGUUGAUCAUGCAGAAUUUGCCAGGUGUCCUCAGCCGGUGCCCAUGGGUUCCCCAAGUCUUCCCAUUUCCAGCUGUGAGCUGAACAAAAACACCAGACGCUGUCACCAGCAGCCACUCGCCACCCACCUCUCCUGCCGUCUCUACCAGACCUGCGAUCAUGCUGUGCUCAUCUCUGGUGGAUGGAGGCAACAGAUUACUUUUCAGCGACAUGUGCAGAAUCUUCAUAGCUUCUACAGAAUGCUUCGCAUCAACGGUUUCCACAAAGACAACAUCAAGACCUUCUUUGCCAGCAGUAGUCACAUUCCAGAUGAGCUGGAGGGCGCCUAUUCGGCCACGGAGAAAGCGGUGAUCCGUAACCACAUCUCGUACGUCUGCAGGAAACAGCACUGCGCCGACACGCUGGUGCUCUACCUGAACUCGCCCACUCGCAGUGACGGCACCAUGCUCCUGUGGGACGGCAACCUUAACGGCAUCGCGGAUCUAAAGGAGCGCUACUCGGUCAAUGAGCUGUUGGCUGAUCUGGCUGGUUGCCGGGCAACCCGUGUUUUGUUAUUCAUGGAUCAGAGCUACAGCGGCGUUCUGUCCAAAAGGCUGAAAGGAUCCCAGAAACAUUUUAACGUAGUUCUGAUUCAGAGCCAGAAAGGGCCAAAUCAGAGCUACCAGGCGAUGAGUCCAGGCUGGGAAGACAGCAGCUGGGCCCACAUAGGUCCGGCAACCUGCCUGUUAGACCACCUGGAGAAGAGCACUGGUGCGUCCCAAUUGUUGGACCCUUGGGCCGGCCUUCUCAACGUCACCCUGGCUGGAGCACCCUGCAACGCCACACCACCGCUAACGGCCAGCGAGAUGCGGCGGGAAUACCAGGGAUGCCAGAACCUGCCAACUGCACUCUGGCACAGGAAGUACCGCAGGAUCAACUAAAAAAACAGGAAGAGAGCCCGUGAAAGUCUGACCAGAGAGAGAGUGGGAAACGACUCCCAAGGCACAUUAAAUACAUGUUAGCGUUCAUCACAUGCAUGUGUAGACGGACAGUAGAUGCAAUGUGUGUGUUUGGUGUGUGUGCGUCCUUUUUGCCCUAACACUGAACUUGUACUGCAACCAUGGUGAUGACAGCUUAUCCCAGGGGUGUGUCUUGAACCUGAACGCCAUUUGUGUAGAUAUGUGUAUGCGUGUGUGGUGGUUCAGUGAGAGUACAGCCACUCUGGUAAGUGUGUGUCGUCAACAGUUCACAACCGCUCUUAUUUUUGUCCAUGAUCUCGUUUUUCCUGCACGUUUGUUUUGUUCUCAACUUGUUUCGGUGCCCAUAUGUUUAACAAUGUACAAAAACUUAGGAGCACUGAAAUCUAUAACAAUCCACUAUUAAGGGCUCGUUUUGAUCUAUCUUUUUUCUCAAAGAUCCACAGCGAGACAACAAAAAAAGAUCUGGUUUUGCAUAUUCGGCAUACCAGCAGAAUGAUAUUAUAAAAAGUGAUGGACAUGUCUUUAAGCGUCCUAAAUAGAGGAGGCAGGUGCAGGGACGCCAAAGUCAUGGAAGAAGAAGAAGCUGAGAUUGGACUUCAAUGAUCAUGAUUAAGAUAUGAAGCACUGAGACUGCCCUCACUGCUACACCGGCUGGCCAUGGCUUUUUAAUAAGGCCACAUCUCCUGAGUGUAUGUGUGUGUGUGCAUGCUGAAUCACUUGAAACAUGAACACACACUCUGGUAUGAACUCAUCGCUAACAACUUAAAGUCUACCUUUGAUUGCCUUUGUCUUGUACAUGCCAUCCUUGUCAUUUGUUUUGACCGGGCUACGGCAACAACGCCCCUAUUGUGACCACCCCCGGCGGAACGCACCCACCAGACAUAUGUAUUAGGAGCUAGAACUUUAGGACUGAAGAAGCCUGUCGGAUGAACCAACGAAACAAGAAGAGUCCUAUUGCCUCCACUCAACCUUUGCUCGUUACCCUGACCAUGGUGACUGAGAAUCUGCACGGACCUAUGAACAAGUAUAUUGUACAACACAGCAGCAACCAAUGUUGUAAUAGUAGAAAUGUGCUAACUGCCGAGUAAGAAGCAUUGGCAAUGAAAAGCUCAACAAGUGUAAGGCGGAUGACUUUUUCCACCAACACAUUUUAAAGCGUAUGCAGAGCAGACCAGUCGUCAUACUUCAAUUGCAGUUGCAGGUAAUAAAAGCUCAAUCUUGAGGUUUCCCACAACCACAACAGUAAAUACCAUUGCGUAUGAAGCCAUGAGACCCCAGCAGGUAUAUAACGACCGCGGCUAACUGAAUAGAUGUUAAUUGGAGCGUUUACAGAAACCCUUGUGUUGAAACUGUUGUUGUGUGCGUUUAUUCACAGUCUGUGUACAGAUGAUGAAACCACAACUAAACCCAAGUGUUUCUAGGAGCAUGCAGUACAAUAUAUCACGGAAUGUACUCAAUAAAGAGCUUU